AAUGGCUAAGCCGUACGGACGCCGAACCAACCCGCUUUGUCAUUAUUCAUCAUUUGUAUACAAGUACUUUUCGCAGUCAGUCCGACUAUGUUCGGAUGACUCGACAAUAAAUCCCAUUUCCACUCUCUACUGCCCUUACAGAGCAUUAACUUGGAGUCGAUUUCCUCGAUCCAACGUAAUGAGUGACGAGCGAACGCCGCUGCUCCAGCCCACGGACAAUCGUGGUGGAAGAGAUGACUCCCUAGUCCAGGGAGAUAGCAUCACCACAGCGGAUGUAGUGGGCGAGGGUGCACUCGAAGCCCCAAAGCUCCCAGAUCCUUCGCCACGAAAACCAGAUGAUCUCGUGAACUUUGGACAAGAUGGGCUUCUUGCUGAUAUAUCAAGGACCCAAUUCCGACUAAUUUUUGGGGGCAUCCUGUUGGCGUAUUUUAUAACCAUGUUUGACUCUACGUUAAUGGCUUCGAGCCACCCGGUCAUCACAUCAUACUUCAACGCCUCCAACUCUGCAUCCUGGCUCUCCACGGCGUUUUUGCUCACUUCGACCUCACUCCAACCAUUGCUGGGCCGCCUUUCAGACACCAUUGGUAGGCGUCCGCUCUACCUUGCCGGUGUAGCUUUUCUUGCCGCCACAACCGCAUGGUGCGCAUUGGCUCAGAGUAUUGGUAGCUUCAUCGCCGCCAGAGCUUUUUGUGGUCUAGGUGCAGCAGGUGUUCUAUCUAUGGGGAACGUGAUGACAAAUGAUCUUGUCAGUAUUGAGGUUCGAGGAACUUACCAGGCCUACAUCAAUCUCUUCUACGGUGGGGGCUCCGCUGCUGGUGCCGCUUUUGGUGGCUUUCUAUGCGACAAAAUUGGAUGGCGAAUGACUUUUGCUAUACAGAUCCCGGUGUUUGUUGUUCUACUCGUCGGGGGGUAUUUCACCAUUCCUGUUCAUUUGGGUCCAAACCUUGCGAAGCGCUCUGGGAUGGGGUUCAAAAACGCUAUGAAGGGCUUUGACUUCGCCGGAUCGUUCCUUCUGACGUUCACAGUGGCGUUUCUGAUCCUCGGGUUGAAUCUCGGGGGCAAUGUGUUUGCUUGGAAACAUCCUCUCGUCAUCACAUCGCUCGUUGUUGCUGUGAUUGCUGGUGCAGUCCUUGUACGUGUCGAGUCCAAAACAGCGAGACCUGUGAUGCCACUUAACAUGCUGUUCACCCGACCUCGCGGCAAUCUCGUCUUCAACAACUUCUUCGCGCAGCUGGGCAUCAACACCAUCAUAUUCAAUGCGCCCUUGUAUUUCCAGGCCGUAAAACUUGAGUCGGCAUCGAUGUCUGGCUUUCGAUUAGCUGGUCCAUCUGUAGCUCUCACAAUCUGUGGGGUCUCUUCAGGCUUCAUCAUGUCCGCUACUGGCCGUAUGCACUGGCUUAUCAUUCUUGGUUCGAUGAGCAUGCUCAUCGGCGGUGUUGCUCUCUCCGCGAUGUGGAAAGGUAUACCAGCGUGGCUCGCGACCAUCUUCCUCGUCCCCGCCAGCGUUGGACAAGGGCUCUCCUUUCCAGCCUCUUCAGUCGCGGUGCUCGCAACGAGCACCCAGGAAGAUCAAGCCGUAAUGACGAGCACGUUGAUUCUGUGGCGGAGUUUGGGCGUCGUAAUGGGCGUCUCCCUGAGUAGCGUCAUCUUGCAAAACGCCUUGACCGCAUAUCUUGAGCAAUUCGUGACGGGCGCCCACAAAGACGAAAUCAUCCUUACUGUGCGCCGGUCGGUCCGGUCCAUCGUCGACUUAUCUCCCAAGCAUCAAAGUCAAGUCAUCGACGCGUACUAUCGCAGCUUACGGCUCACAUUCCUCUCAACCAUUGUCAUUUUCAUCGUGGUCAAUAUCCUUGUCUUGGUUAUCAAGUUGCCGAAUUUGAAGCGGAAGCAGCCGGAAGCGGAGGAAGAGGAGGAGGGGGCGGAGUAA